AUGUCCGUGAGAUACGCACGGCUCCUGGCGGAGUGCAUACCUAAUCAUGACUACUUCACGGACAUUCUCACCGCCUUGCUCAGUGUCGGCCUCAUAAUAUCAUAUUUGCCCCAGCACUACCGUAUUAUCAGCAAGAACUCAUCUGAGGGGUUCAGCCCUCUAUUUCUGUUGCUUGGUGCGACUGGGUCUGCAUCGGGCAUGCUCAACAUGAUUGUCAUGCAAUGGGGUGUUCUGAAGUGCUGCGACGUAUAUAGCGCAGCCGACUGUCUCGAGACCGUUGGAGGGGUCAUCCAAGUUGGUUUGCAGUGGGCGUUGUUCAAUAUAACACAAAUCCUAUACAUAUUAUAUUUCCCCGUUCACUUGAAGUAUGUGACCGCGCGUACGUCUGAUGGAGCGCCCGUCAGGACCAAAGCGAAGACAUCGUCAUGGUCAUUGUCCAUCACGUUAUCCUGGGUCGUGCUUCUUCAUGUACUGCUCGAGACCUUCGCGACCGCGAUACUACUGUCCGGUUCUCCUCAUUCACCAGAUAGUUCAGUGCGCUCGGAACAAUUAGAGCUAUGGGCGACAUUCCUGGGUAUAUCAUCCGGAGUCCUGGUAGUGUUCCAGUAUGCGCCACAGAUCUGGCACACAUACAAGAUGCGCCUUGUCGGCGCUCUGAGCAUCCCAAUGAUGCUCAUGCAGACGCCCGGCGGAUUUGCCAUGGCACUUAGUAUCAUCCUUCGCCCGGGAACGAACUGGACAUCGUGGCUGCAGUUUGUUGUCGCAGCGGGCAUGCAGGCUAUUCUUCUCACCCUCUGCAUAUGCUGGAAAGUGCGGCAAAAUCGCCUGCAUAUCGACGACUUCGGUCGACCAUUGCCGCCCGAUGUCAUGGUGACCGCGGCGUCUCCUGCGCCAGACGAGCCUGCCAGCGUACAAGCACGUAUUGAAGCCGCUAUGGACGAACGCGCUCCUCUCCUUGGCCCUGAAGGUGUUCGCGUCCACCCGGCUAAGCCGAUUGAUCCGGAGGGGAAGAAGCGGAAGUGGUGGUGGUUUGGCUGA